GUCGAUAGUCAGGCAACAAAAAUAAUCAAAAACCGAUUACUCUUCUGUAAAACGUGCUCCACGGGUUUGAAGUGUCAAUAACAAUAUUUCAGUUAAUUUGUUUUUUUGUUUUGCAUUGAGUGAUGGCUAACAGUAAAACUAAGCUUGCCAAUGGCGGCAAGAAACGCAAACCACAAGCCGAAAAGGAGAAUCAAAAGCCGCAACACAAUGAAACCGAGUUGCCCGCCAAGAAGGCGAAACGUGAAGUCAAAAACGAAACCGAGGAUGCGGCACCCAACAAUGCUGUAAAGAAGAUCGAUGCCAGCCACAUUAAUAAGGGCAUCUUUAAGAUCUUUGCCAAGCUGCAGGAGACAUCAAAGUUGGCAAAUGUGGAUAAACAUGUGGGCGAAAUGAUUGCACUGCUCACCAACGAAACCGACGACGACGCGCGUUUGGCUACCUGUGCCUAUGCCUUAAAGCGCUUGGUGCGCUGCACCGGCGCGGAUGACAUGCAAUCCGUUGCAUUAAGUGCCUGCCAAAUACAUCGCAUUCUGCGCCAAGUGCCGCACAUCGAUCCUUUGGAGCUGCUUGCCACACUGAAGCGCGAGUUGCACGUUAGCAGCCAGUCAAAGGCCAAGGAGGAAUCGCUCGCUGGUGUCGGACAAUUAAUCACUGUGAUGGCCAUCUUGCAGAGUCAACAUUUCGAGAAACCCUCGAAGGAAUUGAUUGAACAAAUCUAUCCGCUGUUGAUCUCCAAUCUCAAGGGACGCGAAUAUCUGGUCAACAUGUGUGUGGACAUUAUGACCGAGUCCUUUCAGCAGCUGAGCCCAAAGCUCUUUGAGGCACACGUUUGGCCGCUGCUGCAGCUGGAGCUGAACAAACCGUUGAGCGCCUUGAAGUUGCCACAAUGCGAUUUGCUCCUCGCCAUUCACUUACUGUAUCCUAAGCUGCUCUCACGCAAACAACUCGAGUCGAGUCUGUGGCGCAAUCAGCCACAAUAUGCGCAACUUUUCGACUUGUAUUUGAACAACUCGGCGAUACCCAGCGAUGAUGUCUGCACGCGUUUGGCCAAAUUUGUGUCCCACAAAGCGAACGGAGAGCUCUACAAAACAUUUGUGCAGCAUGUGGAAUCGCAGUUGCCACUGCGCCACAACACAGCGAAAGGUUUUGUGAUCCGCACCUUGGCCUAUGUCCUCAUCCACUCGGCGGAUGGCAACAGCGAACUGUUCUCGCCAUCGUUGAUACAAAUGCUGAUCCAAGAACUGGCCACAGCCAGGCAAUUGAAGCCGAGCGAGAAAGUGAAACCUUCGCAGCUGCAACUACGUGAGAUUUGCCUGGAAUUCGAGCACACACUGCUGCUCAGCUUUGAGCAUCAUCUGCAACAGGAUGCCAGCAAAGUGAAAUUGUUGCGCUCGCUGCUCGACGUCGAGCUACAGCUGGACAGCGUCACCCAGACGCCGCGCAUCACGAGCCAACUGCUUGGCCAACUGAACGCCGAGGGCGUUAAGGAAAUGCUGCAAUUCUAUAGCCAGAAAUUGAUCAAUGCCAACGAGGAGCUGUACAAAAUGCAUGGCGAACAUUGCCUCAAGCAGCUGCAACAGUUGCUGUUCAAUCCCAAGCUAACGGAGCCCAAGGAACACUUGAACUUGAUACUGCUCACGGCGAGUUUCCAUGUCAACGAAAGCGGCGUCGCUUGCGAGCCAAAGGAGGCAUCUGCCUUCAGUCGCCAGAGUGCGGCACGUUGCGAGGAAAUCCUCUACAGUUAUUUGCUGCGCAAGCCAAGCAAGAGUGUCGAUCUAUUGACCACGCUGGUGGACAGACUACGCAGCACUCUGCAGGCGCUGAACGCGUUGCUGGAGCAGCAAGACGAGUCAAAGGUGCGCGCUAAGCUGACGCCAGAGUUGAAACAGGCUUGGCUCAAGAUCAAGCAGCUGCUGCUCAACGAGAAGGCGAACAGCAAAUCGACAACAUCAAGCAUAUCUUCGGCCUUUGAUGCAUUAAUACUCUGCUUGGGAUUAAGCAUUUAUACGCCCAACUGCAGUGCGCCCAUCGAGCUACUGAACGAUUUGUUUAUCUGCAAGGAGAAUGCACUGAAAGCCACCAAAAAGAAGGGCAAAGAGGAGAUGAAGUGGCAGGAUGUGUUGACGGAUCUGCUGCUGCAGUUGCUCGUGCAAAAAGGACACUUUUGGCGUGAGCUUGUCAAUGCUGCUGGCGGCGCUUUGAUGCCGCAGCUGAACCGCGACAAUCUGGAGCAGCUGCUGGUUGUGCUGGACAUGAGCAAGAAUCCGCUGGGCGACAAGCAGGAUGACGAAGACGACGCCGAAGGUGAUGAGGAAGCGGACGACGAUGAAGAUGAAGACGAACAGUCCAGCGAUGAUGAGGAUGACGACAAUGAUGAUGAUGAGGAAGAUGAUGACGCAGAGGAGGAGGAGGAUGAAGAAGAGGACGAUGAUGAAGAAGGCGCCACCAAUCUGGAGCUGAUCCGUGAGAAUGUUCGCAAAGCAUUGCUCGCCGAGAACAACAACGAUGGCGACGACGACAUGAACGAUGCCAGCAGCGUGGACUGGAAUGAUGUGGACGAAGCCGAAGGCGAACGUCUUAAUUUAGCACUCGAGCAAGCUUUUCAAUCCUUCAAGCCAAAGGGUGGCAGUGGAGGACAGGGCAAAAAGGCAAAGAACAAGCAACAAACGAAAUCGGAACGCAUCAAUGCCACAACGUUGCUGCAUUUCCGUGUGCGUGUGCUCGAUCUGGUCGAAUUGUACAUCCAAAAACAACCGGAGAUGGAGUCGCUACUCGAUGCCUUGAUAAGCGUCUUUUAUGUGUACGAAUUCUGCAGCAACAGCGCCGACAAAAGUCAACAAUCUUUGGCCGAGGCCAGUAAGAAAUUAUUGCGCAAAUUCCUCAACCAAAAGAUGAGCUUCGAUUCAUCGCAAUCGAUCGAUAAACAAGCCAUUGUCGAUGCCAUCGAACUGUUCAUCAAGCCGGAGCAAGUGGAGGAUCCAAAGAAGUCACAGAAACCACAACAGAAACAGCAACCAAUCAAUGCCAAGAAGAAGGGCGACGUCGCCGAGUGGCGCAACAAAUGUGUCGCUUAUUUGGUCAGUCAAUUCGAUGAGUCCGAUGCCACAAAGACUCCCGUCUGGUCGCUGCUUCAAUGCUACUUAGCGGAUUGGGCCGAACGUCGCAACAGUCCGCAUUCGUUGGCCAGCUUCGAUGCUAUUCUCCAAUCCCAGUGGAAGGGAAUUCCUCAGUUGGCCGCCAGUUUAGCUGCGUUGCUUAAAGGGAAAUUGCGGAAUUUCCGUCGCCAGCAGAUUCUCGAGUUGCUGGUGAAGCACAGUCGUCGCAUUGCCAAUGCGUUGACCAAGGAACAACGCGAUGAACUGAUCGAGACGCUGACGAAUUACAAGGCUGUGGGCCAAAAGGAUGGAAAUCUGCGCACCAAGCUUCUGAAACAGCUGCAGCCCAACAAAUAGAUUAGAACUUGAGGGGGAAUAAUUAAUGCACACUCUUUUUUUGUUUUGGGCGGGAAAACAUUUAGUUAUAAGUGACGAAAGUGAGAGAAGAGUAAACGCAAUUGAAGUACACAAAUAAUGUAUAAUUCCGACAGAGAUAUGAAUUGAUAGAUUAAUGUGGCUCAAUCUCAAUUCCGACAGAGACAGAGCUACAGACAUUUGUAUUCCGCAACUCUUCUAAACGCUCAUUUACCAUCAGAUUUCCAAGUUGUAGAUGUGUAUUAAUUGUAAUUAAUCUAUUCUAAUAUUGUACACAUUUGCUGCUCAUUUAUUUGCAACAUGUAAAAGAAUUGUAUUUUAUUUACAACUGCCAAUAAAUGAGCAACAAUUUAACACACAAAAUUAUUCCUACGCAUAAUUCUAAAAUGAGUUUUAAAAAGGAAUUUCUUUUUAUAUUUAAUUACACUUGAGCAAAAACGAAAUAUACAAUUAAUGUAUAAAUACAAAAAGAGUUUUCUCUGUAUUCCAAUUUUUUUAAAGCUCUAAAAUAUUAUACUAAAU